AUCAUAAUUACUGCUCGCUCUCCUCCCUCUCGACAACUCCCAUCAAUUGAUUUUCUCGUCACGAAGAAAUAUACAGCGUUGAUUUCUAUAUACAACCCGAGUAUAUCACAUCUAUUCUGUUGCAUCGUCACUAACAAUCCUUGUAGCUAGACAUGGCACCCAAAACCAUCAUCGUCACCGGCGCCUCUCGCGGCCUCGGCCUGACCAUCUCAAAAUACCUCCUCACAACCACGCCCGCAAACAACCUAGUCAUCCUUGCGCGCUCUGCUGAAUCGCUGCAAGCCCUCAAGGCCCAGUUCCCGGACAACGUCGAGUACAUCGCCGGCGACCUAGCCGACCACUCGCUCGGCGAGAAAGCGGUUGCGCUGGCCAAGUCUCGCUUUGGUCGUUUGGAUGGGCUGGUGCUGAACCACGGGGUGCUGGGCCAGGUGUCGACGGUGGCCAAGGCCGAGGUCGAGCAGUGGAAGGCAGGCUUUGAGGUGAAUUUUUUCAGUCUGGUGUCGUUUACAACAGCCGCGCUCCCUGCUCUACGCGAAUCAAAAGGAAAAAUCAUCUUUACAUCCUCUGGCGUAGCCAUCUCGGCCAUCGGCGGCUUUUCUCUGUAUGGCGCAACCAAGGCGGCCAUGAACCAUUUUACGCUGUCGCUGGCCAAAGAGGAGCCCGAUGUCACUGCCAUCGCGGUGCGGCCGGGCAUGGUCGACACGGACAUGCAGCGCGAGAUCCGGCAGGACCAUGUCGACAACAUGCCAUACGAGGCCAUAUCAAUGUUUAUCGAGGCGCACCGCGACGGGAAAUUGCGCAAGCCGGAGCAGCCGGGCCAUGUCAUGGCGAAGCUGGUGCUCGACGCGCCUCAUACGUUGAGUGGACGGUUUAUCACAUGGAACGACAAGGACCUCGGCGCGUUUCAAGAGUAGACCUGUUCACGCAUUAUUUGAAUUCCCACAGUAAACGAGUAACAAUAUAAAAUUAUGUGACAUCAGCCGAAAGAUGAAAAGCAGAUACAUGGUGUAAGCAUUAGACGAGUCUUCAUACUUAGUAUGGAAAUAUAUGGGAUCAUCAUGCGUCAAGAAUAG